AUGGUAGGAGAGGAUGGAGAGGAGGGUGUGACCGUACCCCGAGUGCUGUCAAAGGUCUACCGACUUCUGACGGUCUUUUACAAUUUCAAGUAUGGCGUCAAGGAUCACAAAACAGGCGAUGUCAAGGAGCACUCAGAACAUCGUGAUGGACACAAGGUGACUGGACACUACGAGUUGAUCGACGCCGAUGGACACAAGCGUACUGUCCACUAUACUGCCGAUAAGCACAAGGGUUUUGAGGCUCAGGUGCACCGCGAAAAACUGCAUCAUUAUGUGCCCGAACAUCAUUCACAUGGACAUGGACACAGCGGCUAUGAGGGCGGCAAUGUUGAGUUCGAAGAACAUUCCGGACACUCUGAUUACUCUGGACACGGCCAUGAGGAUUAUCACUCCCAUGGACAUGAUCACGGUCAUGAUCAUGGUCAGCAUGGCUCCAGCUCUCACAGCUUCUCAAUCAAACAGGAGCAUGGACAUGGACACGAUCAUCAUGCCUACGAACACGAUGCAGGACACGAUGCAGGACACGAGGCUGGACACGAUAUCGGCUACCAAGCCGGACACGAAGCUGGUUAUGAGCAUACAUACGCUGGACAUGAGCACAGCUAUCAUUAAAAAUCA